GAUACAAUUUCGCAGUAAGUUAUACAGCCUUAGAGGUUUUAUGACGUGGAAAAUGGAUGUAAACUCCGUUAGUUUGGUCUGAAGUAAUCUUUGAAACCCUGUUGUGACGAAGUUAUAAUGAUACGAAUCUGCUCUCGGUAUCAAUUGGACAAGUUCGUUUAUAUAAACAGUCCCACAUUAUUUAUGCACGAUAAAAAAGGAAAUUUUCCCUCCGUUCGUGCCGAUGUCUAACAUAGUGACCAAAGAAAUUGAAAUAAUUGAUUUAACGCAGCUGGAUUCUGGAAGACGAAAUAUUGUGCCGGGCGAGGGGACGAAUUAAAAAGACGGGAGAGAAGACGUCUUCCAAGAGCUGAACGACAUAAAAUGGCAAAUGCGAAGCCCACGGGUGAAGAACGAAAAAGGUCGCAAACAACCACCCCGGAUCCGAAACGACUCGUUGAGAAUAGGCGAAAAACGUCAAUUGAUGGAAAUCGUCAAAUGGAUAGUCAUAGAGAAGACGCUUCAAAUAAAAUUAGUAGCAGCGAAAAGAAUCAGGGAUCCAAAGUGGCUCGCGAAAAGCGUCAAACGCAAAGUCAGCAAAAGUCGAAUCUCGACAGCACCACAAGUUAUGUGCACUCUGAUUACGAGGAACGACGAAGCGGAUUACCAAAAACAGGAAAACGUGAAAACGCUAAAACAACAGCAUAUGUUGGUAUGUUCAAGGCAAAAAUACUUGUCAUUGGACCAAAGGAGUGUGGCAAGACAGUCAUAUCCAAUUAUUUGGCAGAUGCUACAGAAAUAUCUGGUGGAGAUUACCAUCCGACCCAAGGAGUGAGAAUUCUUGAAUUUGAGAGUUCUGGAAUAUCGGUUGGCGGUAAGGAAGUGAGCUGUGAGGUGGAAUUGUGGGAUUGCAGCGGUGAUCAAAAGUUUGAAAACUGUUGGCCAGCAAUUCAAAAAGAUGCUAAUGGCAUACUAUUUGUUUAUAAUCCCGACAAUACAAACCAUGGAAAACAACUCGAAACACUGUAUGUCCAUUUUGUUCAAGAGCAAGGUCUCAGAGAUUCACAAUGCAUGCUUUUUGCCCACCAUAAACCAGGAACAAACAAUAAAGCUCGAUCCCAAAUACCAUCGUAUCUUUCGAAGAUUCCAUGUGUUCAGACGAAUUUGGAGGAUGACUCGGACAUGGUAAAACAGAAGUUUAAUGACUUGCUUUCGAUUCUUCUUCGGAACUGGACUGAUAGAAGAGAUCAGGAGGAACUCAGCAUUAUGAACCACUGAGUCUGAAAGACAAGUCAUGGCUUCACUCCAUCACUGGCUGUUACAGUGUUACUGAGUUCCCCUGAAUUUGUACAUAGAUGAUGGUUUAGUUCAUUAUAAUUGUAAAUAACUUAUCAUACCUGCUCCUCCAGAAAGCAUACACAUGAUCUUGCCUUCUCCACAGAGAAAUCAAUAAAGCAUCUUUGAUCGUAGUGACUUACUAGGGCAUCUAAUGGAAGGGAUAGUCGAUUUGCUAUUAAAACCUGUUAAUUUCCUUAUUCAGCGGGUGGUAUAAUGCAAUUCGGCUAGACCAUUGGCUGCAACAGAAAAUCGCGUCCAGCUAACAUAUAGAGAUCGGGAUAUAGAGAUUUACGUCGCGUCUUAAAUAUGUCGCGACUUAUUUUGCCUCGCAUAAAUGCCCCAUUGAGUGUUUCAGGUUUGCCGUUGUGUGACAAGUUUUUUUCGAAAAGCCUGUUAAAAAGCUAUCCAUUGCUGCUUUUAAACAGGGAAAUUAACUUUAUACUUGCACAAGCAGCGAGGAAAACUGUUGUCAAAGUCAGAAAAUUCAAAUACGCGUUUAUCGGAUGAAAAAAUCGUGU